CUCCCGCCAAUGAGCUUUGCAGCUGCCUGCAGUGGUUUCCUGCCAGCCCCCUCCGCAGCUCUGGCUAUAUAAACACUGACUCUCCCUCUGCUCGCCACUUCUGCCUUGUGUCUGAAUCCUCAACGUCGUUCGAAGGACAAGCAGACAAGAUGCGUGAGUGUAUUUCUAUGCAUGUCGGCCAAGCCGGCGCCCAGAUGGGCAAUGCAUGCUGGGAGCUGUACUGUCUGGAACAUGGGAUCCAGCCAGAUGGACAGAUGCCCUCUGACAAGACCCUUGGAGGAGGAGAUGACUCCUUCAACACAUUUUUCAGUGAGACAGGGGCUGGAAAGCAUGUUCCCAGGGCCAUCUUUGUUGACCUGGAACCUACAGUCAUUGAUGAGGUGCGUACAGGAACCUAUCGCCAACUUUUCCACCCUGAGCAGCUCAUUACAGGAAAGGAGGAUGCUGCCAACAACUACGCCCGAGGACACUACACCAUCGGAAAGGAAAUCAUUGAUUUGGUUUUGGACAGGACCCGUAAACUGGCUGAUCAGUGCACUGGCCUGCAGGGAUUCCUGAUCUUCCACAGCUUUGGUGGAGGCACUGGCUCCGGGUUCACCUCCCUGCUGAUGGAGAGGCUCUCUGUUGAUUAUGGAAAGAAAUCAAAACUUGAGUUUGCUGUCUAUCCAGCCCCUCAGGUUUCUACCGCAGUUGUCGAGCCCUACAAUUCCAUCCUGACCACCCAUACCACCCUGGAGCACUCUGACUGUGCCUUCAUGGUUGACAAUGAAGCCAUCUACGAUAUCUGCCGCAGAAACCUGGACAUCGAGAGGCCCACUUAUACUAAUCUGAACAGGCUUAUUGGUCAGAUUGUGUCCUCUAUUACAGCUUCUCUUCGUUUUGAUGGAGCCCUGAAUGUUGACCUCCCAGAGUUCCAGACCACCCUGGUGCCCUACCCUCGCAUCCACUUCCCUCUGGCAACAUAUGCUCCUGUCAUCUCUGCUGAGAAAGCCUACCAUGAGCAGCUCUCUGUUGCUGACAUCACAAAUGCCUGCUUCGAGCCGGCCAAUCAGAUGGUGAAGUGCGAUCCUCGUCACGGCAAAUACAUGGCCUGCUGUCUGCUGUACCGUGGUGAUGUGGUGCCCAAAGAUGUCAACUCAGCCAUUGCAGCCAUCAAAACCAAACGCACCAUCCAGUUUGUGGACUGGUGCCCAACUGGUUUCAAGGUUGGCAUCAACUAUCAGCCUCCAACUGUGGUUCCUGGUGGAGAUCUGGCCAAGGUGCAGAGAGCUGUGUGUAUGCUGAGCAACACUACAGCCAUCGCUGAAGCUUGGGCUCGUCUUGACCACAAGUUUGACCUCAUGUACGCCAAGAGGGCUUUUGUGCACUGGUAUGUUGGGGAGGGUAUGGAGGAAGGAGAGUUCUCAGAGGCCAGAGAAGAUAUGGCUGCACUGGAGAAGGAUUAUGAAGAAGUUGGCACUGACAGCAUGGGCGAUGAAGAUGAAGAAGGAGAGGAAUACUGAAGAGUCUUAGAUCAUCACACAUUCCAAAAUUUGUCACGAAUGUUAACAUUCCCUAAAACAAUCUGAUUACCUGUGAUGGGCGCAUGUCAGUAUUAGCAAUAAAGAAUCGUCUGACCCUAUCAAA